CUGCGCGCGGCGAGCGACGCUCGCCGGGGCAACGCAGGCGGGCAGCGGCAGCGCGGGGCCAGAAGAUUGUGCCAAAGAAGACUUUUAUUCAGAUGACAUCACAUUUGGACUGCUAAUGCUACCCACCCACUCUACAAGGCACAAUGUAUUUCUAGGUAAUUUAAGCACUUCUUGCCUUUGUAAUAUGAAUGCUUCUCCUUUAUCUCAAGUCUUGCAAUCACUGGAAUUCCAGUUGAGCCCAGAUUCUUCUAUUGAAAGUUCUGACAAAAGAGUAACUCCAGUGUUUUCUUUAGUGAAAUUGAAGUCUGGAAUUCUUCAUGUUUCCUGCUACUCAAGAUGAUCUGUAGCCUCUUCUAGCUGCUGUGGGCUGUGUACGAUGUUCGGAAUUUAUUUUCUGCGGAAGAAGAUACAUCUAACUCCACAUUGUUCUUCACAGGAACCAGGUUUCAUCCCUAAAUCUCAUACUUUAACAAGUCCCAAAGUGUAAAAGGCAAGCGUACAAAUGUCUACCACAAGACUAAAGUGUGAUAUGUUAUGUUUUUUACCAUAAGCACCCAUAAAAUGAGCUCCAUUGCAGACAGAAAUGACGGAAGCAUUUUUGAUGGGCUGGUGGAAGAAGAUGACAAAGAUAAAGCAAAAAGAGUGUCUAGAAACAAGUCUGAAAAGAAACGUCGAGAUCAGUUUAAUGUGCUUAUCAAAGAGUUGGGUUCCAUGCUUCCAGGUAAUGCUCGGAAGAUGGACAAAUCCACUGUGCUGCAGAAGAGCAUUGACUUUUUACGGAAGCACAAAGAAAUUACUGCACAAUCAGAUGCCAGUGAAAUUCGUCAGGACUGGAAACCGACAUUCCUUAGUAACGAAGAGUUCACACAGUUAAUGUUAGAGGCUCUUGAUGGUUUUUUUUUAGCAAUUAUGACAGAUGGAAAUAUAAUAUAUGUGUCUGAAAGUAUAACUCCCUUACUUGAACAUUUGCCAUCUGAUCUUGUGGAUCAGAGUGUAUUUAAUUUUAUCCCAGAGGGGGAACAUUCAGAAAUUUAUAAAAUAUUGUCUUCUCAUCUGCUGGAAAGUGAUUCCUUGACACCGGAAUACUUAAAAUCAAAAAAUCAGCUAGAAUUCUGUUGCCAUAUGCUGCGAGGAACAAUAGAUCCAAAAGAGCAACCUACAUAUGAAUAUGUAAAAUUUAUAGGAAAUUUCAAAUGUUUGAAUCAUGUUCCCAACUCAGCGCACAAUGGUUUUGAAGGAACUAUUCAGAGAUCACACCGGCCUUCAUAUGAAGAGAAAGUUUGCUUUGUAGCCACAGUUAGAUUAGCUACACCUCAAUUUAUCAAGGAAAUGUGCACUGUUGAAGAACCCAAUGAAGAGUUCACAUCUAGGCACAGCUUAGAAUGGAAGUUCCUAUUCUUGGAUCACAGGGCACCUCCCAUAAUAGGUUAUCUUCCAUUUGAAGUUUUGGGAACAUCAGGCUAUGAUUACUAUCAUGUGGAUGAUCUAGAUAAUCUGGCAAAAUGUCAUGAGCAUUUAAUGCAAUAUGGGAAAGGGAAGUCAUGUUACUACAGAUUCCUUACAAAGGGACAACAGUGGAUUUGGCUGCAAACUCAUUACUAUAUCACGUAUCACCAGUGGAAUUCCAGGCCAGAGUUUAUUGUCUGUACGCACACUGUUGUAAGUUAUGCAGAAGUUAGAGCAGAAAGACGACGAGAACUUGGUAUUGAGGAAUCUCUUCCAGAGAUAACAGCAGAUAAGAGUCAGGACUCUGGGUCUGACAAUCACAUAAACACAGUGAGUCUCAAAGAAGCACUGGAAAGGUUUGAUACCAGCCCCACACCUUCUGCUUCCUCCAGGAGUUCAAGAAAAUCUUCACAUACUGCAGUGUCGGAUCAUUCAUCAACACCAACUAAAAUGACAGUGGACACUAGCACUCCUCCAAGGCAAGGCUUAUCUGGUCAUGAAAAGACUGCGCAAAGAAGAUCAUCUCUGAGCAGUCAGUCUUUAAGCUCACAGUCUCUUGGACAACCAGUAACACAGCCAGCAAUAUCUCAGCCUGCAACUUUGCAGCUCCAGUCUGGAAUGACUCAGCCUGUGUUUCAGUUUUCAGCUCAGCUAGGAGCUAUGCAACAUCUUAAGGACCAGCUAGAGCAAAGAACACGCAUGAUAGAGGCAAAUAUUCAUCGGCAGCAGGAAGAAUUGCGUAAGAUUCAAGAGCAGCUUCAAAUUGUUCAUGGUCAAGGACUCCAGAUGUUCUUGCAGCAGUCAGCUUCUGGACUCAACUUUGGUUCUGUGCAGCUUCCUUCUGGAAAUUCUUCAACUGUUCAGCAGCUUACACCAAUAAACAUGCAAGGUCAAGUUGUUCAGACUAAUCAGACUCAAAGUGGGAUGAACACAGGCCAUAUAAAUACUCCACACAUGAUACAGCAGCAGCAGCCUUUGCAGAGUACUGCAACACAGCAUAAUCAACAAAAUGUGCUUAGUGGACACAAUCAGCAGUCUUCUCUUGCCAGCCAGUCACAGAACACAGUCUCGGCACCUUUGUACAACACUAUGGUGAUUUCUCAGCCAACAGCAGGAAAUGUGGUGCAGGUUCCCUCUAGUUUAUCACAGAACAACAACCAGAAUGCUGCUGCAGUAACCACUUUUACACAGGACAGACAAAUCAGAUUUUCUCAAGGUCAGCAACUUGUAACAAAACUUGUCACGGCCCCAGUAGCAUGUGGAGCGGUAAUGGUACCAAGUACUAUGUUCAUGGGACAGGUGGUGACAGCUUAUCCCACUUUUGCUGCCCAACAGCAGCAGACACAGACUUUGUCAAUAACACAACAACAGCAGCAGCAGCAGCAGCAACAGCAAAGUCAGCAGGACCAUCAGCAGCAGCUCACCACAGUACAACAGCCAGCUCAGUCACAGCUGACCCAGCACCCUCAGCAGUUCCUACAGACAUCCAGGUUACUUCAUGGAAAUCAGUCGGCUCAGCUUAUUCUAUCUGCUGCUUUCCCACUACAACAAAGCACUUUCACUCAGUCCCACCACCAGCAGCAUCAGUCUCAGCAGCAGCAGCUGUCACGACACAGAACUGACAAGAUGACUGAUCCUUCCAAAGUUCAGCCACAGUAGUGUGGGUGCUGCCUCUUUUUGAAGCAAACUGCCAAGAGGGGCUGCCCCACAGACAGUUGCACUGAAGCUACAGAGGUAACAGUACGAAGGCUUUCUACCACCAUGGUGUUGAGAUCUCCUUUUAACUUCUGGAAUCUGUUAAGAAAAGCCACAAGAUGAUGAUGGGGACAUGGCCGACUUUGAGAGUUGCCCCAGUUUCUGUGUUCUAAAGGAUUUGCUGCCAUGUUGUAAUUUGUCCAGGUGAAAUCUCCAAAUGUGACUGAAAUGAGAGUGAUGCUGAAAAUAUUGGUAUUUUUAUCAAUUCUGUACAUUUUUAAAGUAUUAAAACGGACAUGGAGCAAUUGUUUUGAAUUAGCAGGAAAAAAUGCCAGAAAUAUAGUCCAAAAACCAUCUAAUUUUUUUUCAGAUGAUUACAGGACAGUAAAUAUUUUGAAAAUGUUGUGUGAAAUCCAGUUCUCUGUUGUACAGAUGCUGUAAAAUAUUGUGUAUAUGUCUGCAUAAAAGAGAAAGAGCAAAAUAUUUUAUAUGAUGCAUGAAAAUGUAAUCUGUUAUUUGUAGGUUUGAAUAUGUUUCCCUAAAUUCUCACGCCAUACUCAGACUAAUGUUUUCCUCUGUUCUACCCUUUUGUUUACAACAUGAUGCAUCAUUAUUUUCACCCUUAAUGUGGGCACAAGUCUCUUGUUUGUGCUUUGUCUGUGAUGUCAGGGUUUGUUCGGUGAGGUAUAGUGUGUUGGUUAGUUGACUGCUUGAAGUUAAAUUAUUGAUGAAGCUGUUUGAACUGGUGAUCAUGCAUCAGGGUUCAGGACAUUCAGAUUCAUAAAUAUCAUCCAUCAUUUCAUAAUGAAUUCAUAAUUUUAUUUGAAAAAUAGGAAUUUGCACUGCUUUCUUGCGGAUGGUUUGGAAUUUUAUUCCCCAAAGCUAUCUUUUGAUAUAGUUCAUAGUUGGAAAUAUUUAUGUAAAAGGUUUAAAA